AUGCUCAACAUCUAUCGUAGCCCUUUUUCCAAUCGGCUGCAUAGGUCUGCUUCUCCUCCACGGACUCGUAGUAUUAUUCAAUCGUAUUCUAACCCGCGUGAGUUAUCACCUCUGUCAAGGCCAAUGGCAGAACCACCGACUCGUACUUUGCAUGAUUACUUAACUCCGGCUCGUACUUUGCAUGUGUCCCCGAUUGCUAUUCCAAAUUGCACUGCCGCUAAUGCGUUCGCUUUCAAACCAGAAUAUCACCGAGUUAUAUCAGAAUUUCGAGGGCGUGAACUUGAGGAUCCUUAUGUUCACAUUCGGGAAUUUGAGACCAUUGUUAGCACUUUUGUGACAGGGCCGGGACAACUAGAUCAAGCUCGCCUUAAGUUAUUCCCUUUCUCGCUCAAAGACAAGGCCAAGCAGUGGUUCCAUUCCUUGAAGCCUCGAUCCUUGCUAACUUGGGCUGACGUCCAGGAUGUUUUCACCUUCAAGUUCUUCCCGGUUAGCCGAACCAUGCUUCUCAUGGAUCAAAUUCAAAAUUUCAAGCAAAAAGAUGGGGAGGUCUUCUACAAGUAUUGGGAACGGUAUAAGGAUUUACUUGCAGCUGUCCCACACCAUAAUAUCCCCAUGUACUUGGUAAUUAAUUAUUUCUAUUUGGGUUGUGAUGGGGAGUCCAAGCAGCUUCUUGAUACUAUGGGGAGCGGUGACUUUAUGGGGAAGGAUCCCGAUGCCGCUUGGGAGUUCUUAGACGCUUUGGCGGAGAGGGCUCAAACUUGGCAAUACAUUGAUCCGAGUGACCAAGCAAUGAGAAAUCAAGAUCCGGGAGGCUCCGGUAAGUUUUCGGUGAGCGAGCAUAAUGGACUUGAGACAAGGUUGGACGAGUUAUCAUUAAAGUUGGACAAAAUGAAGCUAGAUUCGGUCCAAGUGAAAGAAGUGAAGGAAGUGAAGGAGGUUCGCCAAGUGGAAGAAGUGUGUGUCAUUUGUGAGACUGUGGGCCAUUCAACUGGCAAUUGCCAUACCAUUCCCGCCCUUCAACACCAUUAUAGUCAACUUCCCACUGAAGAAGUUUGUGCUUUGAAUCAUCGUUGGGAUCCAUAUUCCAAUACUUACAAUCCGAGGUUGCGGUCCAAUCCAGCUUUCCGUUGGGGUAAUCAGAAUGAAGUAGACACUUUGUCAACUGUUCAAGCUCCUCCUCCUAAUCAAAAUCAGACUUGGCGGCAACCGCAAUUUCAAGGUCCACCAUGGUUCCCUGCACCUCAAGGCCUGCCAGGAUUUUUACCACCGGGUCAAUUUCAAGGGCAGCACCAGUUUCAGCCACAGCAAGCAUCGCCUCCACGGAGAUCUUUGGAGGACACCAUGAACGCGUUUUGUCAAAUGCAAUCUACCACCAACGAGCAAACCACUCAAGCUUUGAACGAUAUACGGAAUCAAAUGGGCAAGUUGACUACGUCAAUUGGCAUUUUACAACAAGAGAAAGGGAAACUUCCUACUAAACCUUUGGCAAACCCUCAAGGUCAAAAUGUGCUUGGUAGUUCUUCGAUGACUUUCCCCGAGCAAGCCAAGGCCAUUAUUUCUUUAAGGAGUGGGAAGACCGUGGAUAAUGCUCAAGUGGAGCCACCGGUGACGCCAAGUUUACUACCGUUUUCGGCACCAUUGAAGCCAACAACGCCAAAUGGGGAAUCUCGCAAACCAGCUCCUACAGAAGAAGAGAAGGGAAAAGCCAAGGAAGUUGGUGUUCCAUCAGCUUUCACCGUUUCCGCCUCAUAUCCUAACCGACUAAAGACGCCGGCUAAGCCAAAUUUGAAUACUGAUAUUUAUGAUGUGCUUAAGCAAGUGACCGUCAAACUUCCCUUGCUGGAUGCUAUCAAACAGAUUCCGUCCUAUGCUAAAUUUUUGAAGGACUUGUGUACUCAUAAACGCAAGCUCCAAGUACAAAAGAAGGUGUUAUAA